CCCCCCCUUUGGCUGGACUACAAGCAGGAGAGAGAGAGAGGGAAGCGGACAAGAGAAAUGGAUCACGGCGGCGGCAGUGGCAGCGGCGGCGGAAUCAGCGCGGAUGAAAGGAGAGUAGGGGUGGCGCUGGACUUCUCGCCGUGCAGCAGGCUCGCCGUGAAGUGGGCGGUGGAGAACAUGGCGAGGCACGGCGAUCACCUCAUCCUCGUCAACGUCCAGUCCACCUCCACCGUCCAUUACGAAGAAGGAGAAACCCAGCUCUGGGAGGCCACCGGCUCACCUUUCAUACCUCUGGGUGAGCUCUCUGAUCCACACAUUACCAAGAAGUAUGGAAUCAAGCCUGAUGCUGAGACCCUGGAUUUGCUCAACUGUCUCGUGAAGCAAAAGGAGGUGAUGGUUGUUAUGAAGAUUUAUUGGGGAGAUGCUCGCGAGAAGAUAUGUGAAGCCAUCAAUGACAUCCCAUUGAGCUGCCUUGUGAUUGGAAGCAGGGGGCUGGGCACACUGAGAAGGGCUCUUAUGGGGAGUGUCAGCAAUUAUGUGGUGAAUCAUGCAACUUGCCCAGUAACAGUGGUGAAGCAGGGUGAGGGAGAAGACUAAUCUCUUUGCUUGGCAGAUAUUCCUUUCUUGUAUUUGAUUAAAUAAUCAAGUGUUUAUGGUGUUUGAACUUUCCUCAUUCACUGCAAUUACCGGAUUGGACAUUAGUGUUGAUUGUGUCAUGCAUAUGAUGAAUACUUGUGUCAUCUUUAUUCUUUUGAGCUUUUUUUAUUCACAAAUGAUAAAUUUGGAGGAAAAAUUUAGGUUGCA